AUGGCCCUAAUCUGCCGUCACGACAUACCCAUUUUCCUAGCUAACGUAGAUACUCCAGGCAAGCAACAGAAAUAUGCGAUCGCGCUCCUCGAGCAUCUCUUUACAUUCCUCCCCCCCAAUGCGACUGUUGCGGCACUGUAUGACAUUGGCUGUGUCGUCAAUCGCAGCCUCGAACUGUACAACAUCCUACCUGUUGAUAUCCACCAACGACUCAUAUUCGCCAUCUCCGCAAUGCACGCGUACAGCCAUCAAUGGGCCUGUCAGAUCGUCUACAACCCCCGUUUACACGAAGGCCUCGGGCUCACCGAUGGUGAGGGCGUCGAGAGGCUCUGGUCGAGGCUCCGUAAGCUCAUUCCCAUCACACGCUCGUCUGCGCAAUCACGGCGUAUCUGGCUGAUCGACCGUCAGGCCAAGGUUAUCAGCCUUGAUCUGCGUGACGAUCUGGGCCACUGGAUCGCCCAACGCCUACGCCAUGGAGUGGAAUCAAGGGAGGCGUCGUCUCUUGAAGAGCUGGUGCGAACAUCUAUCAGAGCGCAUGCUCCAGCGCAUCUCAAGAAGGAGCUGGACAUUGUGUUGAGCCUGCAGGCUGACCUUGACACUGUCAACAAGGCUAUCGAAACAACACGGACAGUCCUUGAAAAUGAGGCCCUAUACUCAUCGCUUAACAUCACGGACAGCUUCCCAGACUUCGGAAACGUCAGCCUCGAGUUCGUGAGGCUGCUACUAAUGGCAUGCGACCUGAAGAUCAACAUUCGCAAGCGCGCAGUGGGGAGCUUCUUUGAAUGGGAUCAGCUGGACCAAGCGGUCGGUGGACAGCACAACCCUCUAGGCACCAAGAUCCAUCAGCAGACCCGCAAAGCAAUUGCAAAGCGUACGCCCGCCCUCAAGACAGUGAUCCGCAAGUUCAAUCGCUAUUGCAAGAGCCUCAAAGAACUCAAACAGCCGGAGUGGACCAUCACCCUACCCCUUCCACUUCCCACUGACCUUGACGCCCUCCGCGACGAUGCCAGCCUCCUUGCCGAUGUCUGGAUUGACCCCUCACAAGCUCAAGCCCCCCGAUGGCUCGAAGACGUCGACAUCCGCAAGGGUAUUUGCGCACUCCUACUUGGAGAUUGUUGUCUAGAGGAGCAGCGCUGUCACGAGUUGACACGGCGUCUAGCCGUUUUUUAA